CAAUUGACCUGUCCCAUUCUUCCCCAAAUCAUCAAAAAUGUCAAGAACUCCUACUAUAGAUUCUUGUACAGUGGAAACCAGUGAUGGGGUUAAGCUCCAUACCACAAUUUUCAAACCAAACGCAUAUGAAGAUGAGGAAGAAGAAGCAUUAGGUGAAGAAAUAAGCAAAAAUAGCUCAUGGGUUGUGGUUUUAGUUCAUCCAUAUUCAAUAUUAGGUGGUUGUCAGAGUCUAUUGAGAGGAAUAGCAAGUGGGUUAUCAAGAAAAGGGUAUAAAGUUUUGACCUUUGAUAUGAGAGGUGUUGGAAGAUCAACUGGGAAGCCUUCUAUUACUGGGUUUAAGGAAAUUAAGGAUGUGGUGGCUGUUUGUAAAUGGGGUUGUGAAAAUCUAUCUGUCAACAAGAUUUUGUUGGUGGGUUCUUCUGCAGGUGCACCAAUAGCAGGCUCUGCUGUAGAUCAGGUUGAACAGAUUGUGGGCUAUGUAAGUAUUGGUUACCCUUUUGGUUUAUUAGCAUCAGUCCUCUUUGGGCGACAUCACAAAAACGUAUUAAAAUCGCCUAAACCAAAGCUCUUCAUCAUGGGGACACAAGACGGAUUCACCACCGUUAAACAGCUGAACAAUAAGCUUAAAUCUGCAGCAGGACGUGUCGAGACUCAUCUAAUUGAAGGUAUUGGCCACUUUGAGUUGGAAAGCCCUGCCUAUGAUUCCCAGAUGGUAAUUUUUAUUGCAGAAUUCAUCAACUCUUUGUAGUCCACAAGAUCUGGUGUUGCACGGGAAGAAUUUACGACAUAAUGUGAUUCCCUAUGAACGACAUCCAAUCUUCUACACGCAGUGCAGUAUCAUAACCUGGUGCUUUCUAGCUGGUCUCCAAAUGAAGAAUGAGAAAGAUGGAGUUGGGG